GCGUCGUGCGUAGAUGGUGACGGUUCGUUGGAAUCUGAUUCCGUAGAAGUUUAUAGAGGGAGUGUGGAAGUAGAUUUGCGUGUAAAAUCUCUUCCUCGCGCCCUAACUAUCGAGAAAAGUGUAACGGGCCAUCGUUUUCGAUUGUAAUCACAUACUAUGGCGAAUUUGAGACAAACUCCGCUUACGUGCAGUGGACACACGAGACCCGUGGUGCAUCUUGCAUUCUCCGACAUCACUGAAUCUGGAUAUUAUUUAAUUUCGGCGUGUAAAGAUGGCAAACCUAUGUUACGACAAGGUGACACAGGAGAUUGGAUUGGAACGUUUGAAGGACAUAAAGGAGCAGUGUGGGGCGUUGCACUGAACCCUCAGGCUACAAGAGCUGCCUCUGGAGCAGCGGAUUUCAAUGCUAAAGUCUGGGACGCACUCAAAGGAGAAGAGAUUCAUUCGUUUCAACAUAAGCACAUUGUCAAGUCUGUUAAUUUCAGCACAGAUUCCAAUUAUUUGUGCACUGGUUCCAAUGAGAAACUUGUGAGAAUUUAUGAUCUUAACAAACCUGAUGCAGCACCACAGGUUUUCUCAGGUCAUAAAAAUGGCAUCAGACAUGUCACCUUUUUCAAUAACAAUACUGCAUUAAUUACUUGUGGCGAUGAUAAAACACUGAGAGUUUGGGACAGAAACAGCGGUCAAGAAGUAAAAAGGCUAGAUUUUCCAGCAAUUCCAAAUUCUAUGGAAGUGUCAAAAGAUGGAAAUAUCAUUACCACAACUCACUCCAAUAUAGUUACUUUUUGGAAUAGCAGGGAAUUAACCAAGUUAUGUGAAUACACUGCGCCGACGCAAAUGAACAGCGCUAGUUUGCAUCCAGACUGUAGUAUUUUUGUAUGUGGCGGGGAAGAUUUAAAAAUGUACAAGUUUGACUAUGCCACGGGUACAGAAAUUGAAUCAUUCAAAGGUCACUUUGGACCUGUACACUGUGUACGUUUCUCGCCGGAUGGUGAAUUGUACGCUAGUGGCUCGGAAGAUGGUACCUUGAGAUUAUGGCAAACAACUGUUGGCAAAACGUAUGGCCUUUGGCGAUGCAUAGAACAAACGCCUGCGAUACAAGAAAAUACUGCUGUGCUUAAUAACAAACAAGAAGUUCCUGCCAGUUAAAAGUCGAUUUACAAAUUGUGUAAAGUACUUCAAGAAAAAAAAAGAAACAAGGGGAAAAAAUAUUUCGUUAAUAGAAAUAUGCAAAUGAAGCAACAAAGGACGAUGACUCGUAUUAAAAUUGUAUUUAAUCGGCUGAUGUCUGCCACAUGUUUUAUAAAUAUCAAAUCUGUGUAUAAAACAAUGUCUCAAAUCAGCCUUGUUUUCUGAUGAAAACUCAAAAGCGGACCAACUAUCAUUAUAGUCUGAUAUAAUAGCCAUGGAAGUGUGGGACUCUGUUCUUUAUUUAUUAUAAAAAAGUGAAAAAAAAAGGAAACAUUAACAUUUAUUAACGUUAUACAUGUCACUAUUAUACUACAAAAUUAGAUAGAGGUGUAAUGACAAAAAAAAAAAAAAAGACAACUCAGAAUUAAAUUUUUCGUUCGCAUUUGUUA